AUGCGACAUACGAGAAAACACUUCAAAAAGAGGGGCAGGGAUGAUCUUCCCAUGGUGGACAUGGAGCGGGAGGUGCGGGACGUUGCCAGCAGCAACGAUGUGCGCACGCUUGUUCAAUUAUUCCCCGAAGAAAUCGAAUUCCUUUUAAUGAGGCUGCCGCCUGUGACAAAAGUUGAAGACCUUGACACUCUUUCAGAAAGGCUCUCAGGCUUAGGUGGAAAGGAGGAACUUGGAUUCUCUCCUCUUUUCUGUCCUCUGUUGAUCGAUGCGGCGUGUCAGCGUGGUAUUUUCCCACUGGCCCUGUCAGCUGGCGGUGACCGAUACAUAUUCGCCCCAAAGUUGCAUUAUCACCGAUGCUUGACGCAACUUGAACCGCCUGUCGAGGGCUUUCCUAUGGCCAACGAUGCAAAGGAGGGAAAAUUUCAGGUUGGUCUUCUGCAGGUCUCUAAAAAAUAUUUAUCUGGAAGAAACGAAAUGACCCGCGCGAGAUCGUUUGAUGUAUUUAUCAACCGCAAAGAGGAUAUUGCCCCAGCACUCUCUCUUAUUGUCUCCCAACACGGCGAAAACUGGAUGUGCCGUGCCCUUCGUGCCUGCUUUGUCCAUAUGUUUCUUAACCAGGAGCGAUAUCGCACCAAAAUUGUCGUUGUGACUGUUCGCCGUCAUUGCUACGGUGCCGAUUCACGCGAGAAAGCGAAAACGGCGGACGAACGUGUGCGUGAUUUUGCCGAAGGUGACCAUGUAGAAGAGGGGGAUUUAGUUGCCGCCGAAAUUGGCUUCAUUGCUGGGGAUAUUUACACCUCCGCGACCGGAGCUUACAGUUUAAGCGGUUCGGGGACCUUGCAGCUGGCGGUCACCGGAGAGGCGAUGCGUUCUGUUGGGUGCAAGGUGUGGGACCUGGGGAUGGCGAUGGCCUACAAGAGUCAAGUGCUGGGGUGUGUUACCUUCCCACGUGAAAAAUGGCUGCGACUUGUGCGGGAACACGUGGCUGACACGUCUUUGGCAGAAAAAAUUGAAGGGCGUUUGCGGGAGAAAUUCAGCGAGGGCGUGGCGGUGCGGACACUUUUUUCACUCGCUGACAAGUGA